UCGAUUUUUUCCGUUUUGUGUUCUUAGUUAUUCCGGCGGAUUCUCUGUAGUUCUACUCUCUCUCUCUCUCCUCUCCCUCUCUCUCUCUCUCUCUCUCUCUCACACACACACACACACACACACACACUAGAUCUUCAUUCCACACAUAAACACAAAUCAGAGCCAACAGAUCCACAACAAUGGCACCCAAAACCCCACCCCUCUUCCUCAUUCUAACCCUCCUCUCCCUCCUCUCCCUAACUUUCUUCUACCUCCAUUCCACCACCACUCCGCCGCCUCCACCAACUCCGACGAACGCCCUCACCGCCGCACAUAAUUCCAUCAGAGUCUACGUUUCACCCCUCCCCAGAUCCCUCAACUACGGCCUCUUAGAAAAAUACUGGGCCUUGACCUCCGAUACUAGGGUUGGCAGUGAAGUAGACAACGAAAUUAGAAUUACCCUUUUGCCCAAACUUUCCCCAAAAUCCCUCCCAUAUCCUGAAAACCCCAUCAUUAAACAGUACAGCGCGGAGUACUGGAUCUUGGGGGAUUUGUUGGCCCCUGAUGAGCUGAAAAGAGAGUCUUUUGUGAAAAGGGUUGUGGAUUCGAAGGAGGCCGAUGUGGUUUUCGUGCCGUUUUUCGCUACAUUGAGUGCUGAGUUGCAGUUGAUUAUUAAUAAAAGUGUGUUUAGAAAGAGGGUUGAGGAGAAUGAGGAUUAUACGAGGCAGAAGAUGGUGGUUGAUUUGGUUAAAAAGUCGGAAGCUUGGCGGAAGUCCGGCGGCAGAGAUCAUGUUUUUGUUGUUACAGACCCCGUUGCGAUGUGGCACGUAAAAGACGAGAUAGCCCCUGCAGUUCUUCUGGUUGUGGAUUUCGGUGGGUGGUACAGGCUAGACUCUAAAACAUCCAAUGACAGCUCGUCCGAUCUCACGAUACAUCACACCCAAGUUUCGCUAUUGAAAGACGUGAUCGUCCCUUACACACAUUUACUUCCCACACUUCGUAUAUCGGAAAACAAGAAACGCCACACCCUUCUUUACUUCAAAGGAGCUAAGCAUAGGCAUCGGACUGGACUUGUUCGAGAAAAAUUGUGGGAUUUAUUGGUCAACGAAGAUGGAGUUAUUAUAGAAGAAGGGUUCCCAAACGCCACCGGAAAAGAGCAGUCGAUAAAAGGAAUGAGGUCAUCAGAGUUCUGUUUACAUCCAGCUGGCGAUACUCCUACUUCGUGUCGACUUUUCGACUCCAUUCAAAGUCUCUGUAUACCAGUUAUUGUUAGUGACAGUGUAGAGCUCCCGUUCGAAGGAAUGGUUGACUAUUUAGAAUUUUCCGUUUUCGUCUCAGUUAGUGAUGCGAUGAAGCCCGAUUGGCUCGUCAGCCAUCUUCGAAGCUAUUCCGAUGAACAAAAGAAUAAGUUUCGUAAGAAUAUGGCAAAGGUUCAACAAAUCUUUCAGUACGAAAAUGGUCAUCCAGGUGGCAUUGGUCCAGCAAAUCUCGACGGUGCUGUAAAUUACAUUUGGAAAAAGGUUUAUCAAAAACUGCCCAUUAUCAAAGAAGCUGUCACACGAGAGAGGAGAAAACCCUCGGGCGUUUCGGUUCCGCUUCGUUGUCAUUGUACUUGAAAUAUCUCGUACUUGUAUUAAUUUUUUCGUCUUUAUUAAUAUUAGUUCAUUCCUCUUUGCAAAUUACAAUAAUGAUAUAGUUACAUUUUAUACAAGAGAUUUUUUUUUUU